AUGAUAGAAGAUGAAUGUAAUACAAUUUUGGAACCUCUACAAAAUCUAGAAAGCCGGGUCAGUAAUUCAACAGAAGAGGUUGAAGUAUUUCACAUAAUAACUGAAGAUUAUCUCACUGAGAAAAUUGAGACCAACUGGUGGGACAAAGCAGAGUUUGAGCAAUAUCUAGAAAAUGAAAGACAAUAUAGAAAAUUAGUUCAACAAUUAAAUGAAAAAUUUUUUGGAGAAACAACCUGGAUGGCACAAAUAGGGUAUCACAUCACAACAGAAAAUAGUAAUAAUGAAACUAAUUUAAUGGAUAUCGACGAUACCUACCUAAUCGAUUCACCAAAAUGGUCUGAUGAUGAGUUAGAAUUCAACAAUGAUUAUAAAACCUAUAAUCUAGG